AUGGCGGGCAACGGUGCAGGAACGCUGCUGCUUGGGCCCAAGAGGCCGCAUUGGGGAUGCCCCCGCUGCGGUACGGCCAACAAGUGGGCAUGUCGCCUUCAGUGCCGCUGUGGAGCGAGGGCGCCGCAGCGCAUCAUCUCGAAGGCCCGCCACGAGGAUAAUAACGCCAAAGCUGAUGUCAAUCCGAAGGGGCAGCCUCCUUCGCGUGGCGGAGGCAGCGGCGGUGGCAGGCUCGACUCAUCCCAGUUGGCGCCGUGGGCUACGUCGAAGCUUGAGAAGGAGCUGGUGGCGCUGCGCAAGCAGGUCCAGCAGCUCAAGUCCGAGAAGAACAAGGCGCCUGCCCCGCACGAGGCGGCCCCCAACGGCACGUCCGAGGCAGCCGUGGAGGUCGAUGGCAGCAAUGUGGGAGCCAAAGACACGACAGCGACGGCUUCUCAGCGGAAUGCUCUCCAGGUCAAGAUUGGUCACUAUGAGCAGUUCGUCAAGUCUCUCGCCCUCUACGAAGACAGUGAAUGUGAGCAGCUACUGACAGCAAAGAAGCAGCUGGAGUCACUUCGAGUGCAGCUUCGCGAGCUGCGUCCGCCGUCGACGGCGCACAAGGUCGCAACGCAGAAACCCGAGCGCUGCCGUGCCCAGCUUGACCGUUUCCGCACAGAAGCUGCUGACCGCCGUGAAAAGAUCGCAAAGUUGCAAGAGAAGCUGGACAUCAAGGAGGCAGCCACCGUUCAGAAGGAGCUGCGCAUAGCAAAUGGUUUCGUCGUGCUGGCCGCCGCCGUCCUGCCGCUGUUCGAGAGGGAGGAGCGUUGGGCGCGGCUGAGACCUGUGCAGCGCAAUGUGCAUGUACAGCGCACGGGUUGGCACGAGUGGCAGCGCGCGAUGUUAGGCGAGCAAUGUCGCAAGUGUCUGUGUAUUGCGGGUGACACGCAUGAUAAGCCACUGACAGGGUGUAGAGGCAUGCCUGUGUACUUAGCUCAGUUCGUGUGUAAUCCCCUUGGCCACACGCUAAUUGCAGUGAGUCAGGGGGGUAGGUCCCCUGCCAGCCCAGGUUGUUUUCAUCCAUUGUAUGUGUGCAGUAAGUGUGGCGCCUGGGCUCAGCAGUCCAGGCGAAACAAGUUGCGCAGACCCUGCGGGCCCCCCACCAGGAAGGGGCUUGAGGUCCUGGUUAAUUUGCGUAAUGGAGUGGGCCCACACAAGCGGCUCGCGCGCGUCAGGUUGAUGCCGUGCUCCCAGCCAAGCAGUCUGUCUCUCGUGCUGUGA